AUGCCGUGUAGGGACCAGCUAGUCGCAAAGCUGGAGAGCCGUCUCAAGGGACACGAUUCACCAGAGCCGAGACUAUACCGUAUUGCGGAAUACGGCGGAUCGAGAAUCCUGGCAUCCAAAGUCUGCGGCUCAGCUUCGUCGUACGGGACUCGAAUACAGGUGCCCCCAAGCAAAGCUCAAAGAAAAAACUCCCCUGGGAAUCCCGAGCCUUGCGAGAACAUUUCGAACAUUUCGAACAUUUCGCCGCCGCAAGUCUCUGCCCUCUGCGCCUCUCUGCCCUCUGCCGCUGUCUCGGUUCCUGCCUCGGGCCGGCCUUUGUUCUGCUGCCCCUUUGUUGGCCUGCGGCCCAUUGUCUCGAGCGAGACGCAUUGA